UUUAUGUAGUCACAAAUCGAGGUUGUUGGUGCAAAGGUUCCUUACGAUCGGACAAUUCGAGUAAUACAUGACAGAUAUCUAAUACUAUACGAUCAGACAAUUUAAGUGAUACAAGUCAGAUAUUCUAUAUACGGUCAGAAACUUGUGGUUGUGCCGUUGAAUAUUGGAUACGCGGGACGGAACGAUGAUAUUCUCUUCAAACUAUGCAGACCAAGUUUAGAAAAGUGAUAUCGCCUUCGCAGUUGUGUAGAUGGAAAGCAGUGUUGGAAAAAGUUGUAUCCAUGAGAGUGGCAAAAUGGUAAAUACACCGAAGGCCUUGCUAUUGGUGGUACUGGCUGUUCUGGCCUAUCCAAACGAUAUUUUUGGUGGCGCUUAUCAACCGGAAUUUUCUGGUCCUAUUAAAAAUUUAACGAUACCACUUGGAAGGGACGCGACCUUCACGUGCCUGGUCAAACAUUUAGGAGGAUACAGGGUAGGCUGGGUGAAGGCCGACACGAAAGCGAUACAGGCUAUUCACGAGCAGGUAAUAACACACAACAAAAGGAUAUCGGUAUCUCAUAGCGAUCAUACCACGUGGAAUCUUAAUAUUAAGGGUGUCCAAGUGGAAGACGAGGGAUUAUAUAUGUGUCAGAUUAACACGGAUCCCAUGAAGAGCCAGACAGGUAUGCUGUCUAUCGUAGUACCACCGGACUUUGUAUCAGAAGAUACAUCCAGUGACGUUAAUGUUGGAGAAGGUGGUCAGGUGAAGUUAACGUGCCGUGCAAGAGGCGUUCCCCCGCCCCGCGUUCUCUGGCGUAGAGAAGACAGCAAGGGUAUUAUAAUUCGGGAACCAGCAGGAAGUGCUUUGAACCAGAAGUCUCACGUUUCUGAAGUAAUUCACGGGGAGGAAUUAAAAUUAACGAAAAUUUCUAGGACCGAAAUGGGCAUUUAUUUGUGUAUCGCCAGUAACGGAGUACCACCGACGAUUAGCAAAAGAAUUUCUAUAAACGUUCAUUUUCCUCCUUCUAUUCAUGUACCUAAUCAACUUGUUGGAGCACCUUUAGGUACAGAUGUUGUCUUGGAAUGUUACGUCGAAGCAUCUCCCAUGUCGAUUAAUUAUUGGGUAAAGGAAGGAACGAUGUUAAUAACCAGUACGCAACACGUAGUCGAGAUGUCCGAAAAGUCACCAUUCGAAGUACGUAUGACACUGUUGAUAAAGAAUCUUCAAAAGGAAAACGUUGGAACGUAUCACUGUGCAGCGAAAAAUUCUCUCGGCGAGGUUGACAGCACGAUUCGUUUGUACGAAAUACCAGGACCAGCUAAAACGGAACUGGCUACAUGGUCUUCCAUAUACGACGAUGAUAAUAAUAAUAGGAUCCCUUAUGGUCAAGGAGAGAUGGAUAAGACGGAAAACAAUUCUGCUCAUAUGGAAAUCUCUCUUUUACAUGGUUCGAACCAUCACGCACGACUACCACCAACUUUGGCUACGGAAUUGCCUACCUCCGUCAAAAUUGGCAAAAAUCGGCCAACCGUGAACGUAUCCUCCUAUGCUACAGAUUUCACCAUCAAACAUAACACUUUACUUUUAUUAUUAUCAUUAUUAUCAUUAUUAUUAUUAUCGUCCUCAUCAUCCUUUUUAUUAUCAUCACCAACACCACCAUCCCCAAUACCAUCAUUAUUAUCAUCAUCAUCGUCAUCAUCGUUCACGAUUACUGUGACACGGUGGUCACAGUGAUGACUAUAUGAUUAUCAAAAUCCUAGAAAUCGAACUAAACUGAACAGCUGAUCGUUGAAUUUAAUAAUUUAUUCAACGUUGCAUACAGGUUUGCAUAUGUAUAUCCAACAUUAACAAUCAUCAUAGAAA